UGCUUUUACUUGUUCUUUUUGUAUUUUUGCUGGAAGCUCGAUUCGGGAACUGCAGAGGUGUUUAGUUUGUGGGUUUUUUAUCCGCUGGUGAGUGAGUUGCCCUGUUAGCGUUGGUGGUUUUCUGUGUGAGUGGUCUCUCUGUAGACGACUUUCGAUUGGAGAUUUGCAUUUGCGGGCCUCAACCUGCAUCGCGUUGAAGUUGUGUGCCUUUCUGCAGUCACCGCCCGAUUGAUACAUCCAUUGAUCACUUGGUUGUGCCACGGUCCAAGUUCUUCCUCUCCUAUUCACGUGGACUUCGAUCGCUAAUUCUACCGCUUGUGCGAAUCGUUUUUCAAGAUGCAUUUGUUUGGCAAUGGGAGCACCAAACAGGCGCCCGAAGAGGUUGAGCACCUCCAAAGGGAGCUUCUCCACCAUGCUCAAGUCACCUACGCGCACCCCCGGCCGUCGUUCAACACCUCAGUGAUGUACGAGGCGACUGCACAGACCGUCCGGGAUCGCUUGGUUGAGCGCUGGCUUAAGACAGAGGAACACUACACCAAGACGAAUGCCAAGAGGAUAUAUUACCUUUCUUUGGAGUACUUGGUGGGUCGUUCACUGCUGAACGCAAUCUUGAACUUGAGGCUCAAGGGUGAAUAUUCUGAGGCAUUGAAAGCUCUGGGCUACCACCUAGAAGAAACGGUCGAGGAGGAAAGAGAUGCAGGUCUUGGUAAUGGAGGCCUGGGACGUCUGGCCUCUUGUUUUCUCGAUUCCAUGGCUACUCUCAGCAUCCCUUCCGUCGGAUAUGGAAUUAGAUACAAGUACGGGAUUUUCGAGCAGCUCAUUCAGGAUAACAAGCAAAUCGAACGUCCAGACUACUGGUUGUCCAAGGGAAAUCCAUGGGAAAUUGAGCGCUUGGAUGUUGUUUAUCCAGUUCGUUUCUACGGACACGUAGUCACACACCAUCAAGAUGGUAAGACUCUGUUCAAGUGGGAAGGUGGAGAGGUCGUGCAAGCUGUGGCGUAUGAUACCCCCAUUCCCGGCUUCGGCACAGUGAAUACCAACACCAUGCGUCUAUGGAGCGCGCGGCCCUUAGAAGAAUUCGGUUUGGGAGAAUUCAAUGAAGGUCAUUACGCUCAGGCAGUAGAGGCCAGAGUCAGAGCGGAGGCUAUCAGUUCUGUCCUGUAUCCCAAUGACAACCACGAUGCAGGAAAGGAGUUGCGGCUCAAGCAACAAUACUUCUUCGUAUCUGCCACACUACAGGACAUCAUGAAGCGUUACAAGGCAUCUGGAGACGCCAUCUCGAAGUUCGACACCAAAGUCGCUGUGCAGCUCAAUGAUACACAUCCUACAAUCGCCAUUCCCGAGUUAAUGCGCCUCUUCCUGGAUGAGGAGGGAAUGAGUUGGGAUGCUGCCUGGGAUAUAACCACCCGGGUAUUCGGGUACACCAACCACACUAUACUUCCAGAGGCGCUCGAGAAAUGGUCUGUUCCAUUGAUGCAGAAGCUCCUUCCCCGUCAUCUUGAAAUCAUUUAUGAGAUCAACCAUCGUCAUCUUCAGGUUGUUGAGGGGAAGUGGAAGAAUGAUACCGAAAAGCUGAUCAAGAUGAGCAUUAUCGAAGAGGGUAACACGAAGGCGGUGCGAAUGGCAAUCUUGGCCACUGUUGGAUCUCAUGCCAUCAACGGUGUCGCUGAGAUUCAUUCAGGCUUGGUGAAAACCUCGCUUUUCCCAGAAUUUGUGGAGCUUUCACCUCAAAAGUUCCAAAACAAGACAAAUGGUGUCACCCCCAGGCGGUGGAUCUUGCAAGCUAACCCGGGCCUCAGCAAGAUCAUCACUAAAGCUGUGGAAACCGAGGACUGGGUGCUGAACCUUGAUUUACUCCAGAGGAUGAAGCACUUGGCAGGUAACAAAACCUUGCAGCACGAUUUCCAAGCUGCAAAGAGUGCUAACAAGGCAAAGCUUGCAGCACUGAUCAAGAGUCGGUGUGGUGUGGAAGUGUCUGAGAAGGCGCUUUUCGAUGUGCAAAUCAAGCGCAUUCACGAGUAUAAGCGACAGCUUUUGAACAUAUUGAGUCUUAUCUACCGUUACCAGUGCAUUAAGAGGGCCUCACCAGCAGACCGUGCAAAGUUUGUGAAACGUGUGGCUAUUUUUGCUGGAAAAGCUGCUCCUGGCUAUUACUUGGCUAAGCGCAUCAUUCAACUCAUCAACGCGGUUGGUGCUAGAGUGAACAAUGACCCUGAUGUCGGAGAUACCUUGAAGGUGGUGUUCAUUCCCAACUACAGCGUUUCACUUGCCGAGGUGAUCAUCCCUGCCAAUGAUAUCUCUCAACACAUUUCAACUGCUGGAAUGGAGGCUAGUGGUACGUCCAACAUGAAGUUCGUAAUGAACGGAGGAUUGAUUGUCGGCACCAUGGACGGAGCCAACAUUGAGAUCGCUAAUGCGUGUGGACGGGAGAACAUGUUUGUUUUUGGAGCUACUGCUGAAGAGGUGGGAGGACUUCGGCAUGCGUUGAAGCACAAGGGCGAGGACUUGAUCGAUGAGCGGCUCCUGCAAGUUUAUCACUCUAUCGAGGCUGGUGACUUUGGACCAUACGAAGAGUUUGAGCCUAUCUUGUACUCCUUGCGCGAGGGGAGAGACUACUACUUGCUCGCCCAUGACUGGCCCUCAUACCUCGAUGCCCAGGAAAUGGUUGAUCAAAUCUUUGUGGACGAGUCCGAAUGGACACGGCGGUGUAUUACGAGCACCUCCAUGAUGGGCGUUUUCAGCAGUGACCGCACAAUUGCAGAGUACGCCAAGGACAUCUGGAAUGUUAAGUCUGCACCCGUUCCUUCGGACGCCAAGCACCAGUGAAGCCAAUUUCCUUAGCUCAGCACCACAAAAAAGAUUUCUUGUAGUCAGCGGUAGCACAACACACGUUCUGUGUGACAAAUCAUCGGGUGGUCGAGCGCGUCUUCUUUCCUCUAUCUCCCCCGACGCACUAAUUCUUAUUGUUGAAGAUUUAGCAACAUCGCUUCACGGGCACAUUGCUUGCGGUGCUUGCGAUGAACACCAUGAUUCGGCGACUUGUUAGCCCCUCCCAGAGACGCAGAUAGAGAAUAAUAAAAUGUGACAUUAUUGUAUUAAACUCUACUGUAAUAACAUUGAGAGUCUUCACAAA